CCUCACACAUCAAACCCCUUCAAAUUCAACUCCAAACCCACCAAAAUGUCGUCCCAAUUGAUCGCCAACCACCGCGAAAACGCUGAAGUAUACACAGGCGAAGCCCUCUGCAAGCAAAAAUCGCGCGAACUCCUCGAGAAAAUCUCUCUCCCCACCGGUCUUCUCCCCCUCGAGGACUUCGUUGAGGUCGGGUACAACCACACCACGGGAUUCGUUUGGGUGAAGCAGAAGAAGAGCAAGCAGCACAAGUUCCAAGCGAUCGGCAAGUCGGUGUUCUACGAUACGGAGGUCACGGCGUUCGUCGAGGAACGUAAGAUGAAGAAACUGACAGGUGUCAAGAGCAAGGAGAUUCUGAUCUGGGUCACCAUCUCAGAGAUCUAUAUCGACGACCCGAAAUCGGGGAAAAUCACCUUUGGGACUCCGACUGGAAUUUCCAGGUCUUUUCCGGCGUCGGCGUUUGAGGCAGAGAAUUAGGGGGUUGAUUUCUAAUUUGGUGAGAUCUGAGGGUUGGAAACGUUAUUAAGUGCUUUUUAUGAUGUAAUGGAGUUAUUAUUAUGUUUUUCCCCUGCAAUUAUGCUAUUAUUGUUAUUAUCGGAUAUGGGUUUUUACUUCUUACCAUAUGUAUUUUAUUCUGAUAUUUAAUUGUUUUAGUUCAAUUGUAGCUGAUGGGUUUAUAAAAUAAAGAACAGUUUAGAUUAAGGGUUUAGUGUUUUAUGUUUUUUUUUCUAAAAAAAACUGAAAAUUUGGUGGAUGUUUUGAAAAGUUGUUUGUUAAGAUUUUCUCCAUAAAGAA